AUGGAACUCAACCGAGAACAUUUUCGCGCCAUAAUUUAUUACAACUUUCAGAGACAAUUAUCGCAACAAGAAUGCCUUGCUGAGUUACUAUCUGUUUUUGGCAACGAAGCGCCACAUGAGUCGACAAUUUCCCGUUGUUAUGGAGAAUUCAAACGUGGACGGGUGAGUCUUAGCGACGAUCCCAGGGUGGGUGCACCAAAAACGGCAGUCACCCAGGAAAACGUCGAUGCUGUGCGCAAACUCAUCAUUGAAGAUAGACAUGUGACAUAUCGCGCGAUUGAGGCAAAAUUGGUUUCUCGUUGGAUACCCCACCUGUUGACUGAAGAGCAGAAAGCGGCCAGGGUUAAUUGGUGUCAAAAAACGCUUGACCGUUUCAAUUCCGGAAACUCAAAAAAUGUGUGCAGCAUUGUUAGUAGUGAUGAAUCGUGGAUUUACUGUUAUGAACCAGAAAAUAAACGACAGUCGGCUUCAACAAAAGUCAUCCGUUCUCGAAGUAUUUCGAAAAAGAUGGUCGCGACAUUUGUGUCAAAAACGGGUCAUAUUGCAACAAUUCCUCUUAAUGAGCAAAGAACUGUUACUGCGGAUUGGUAUACCACCAUUGGUUUGUCAAAAGUCAUCACCGAGCUUCGAAAAAUCAACCCCGAAAGAAGAAUCAUCCUACACCAAGACACUGCAAGCUCGCACACAGCUCAAAAAACAAGGCAGUAUUUAACGGAAGAAAACGUGAAAUUAUGGAACCAUCCUCCAUAUAGUCCCGAUCUAAGUCCUAACGAUUUCUUUACUUUUCCGAAAAUUAAAAACAGGAUGCGUGGUCAAAGGUUCCAUUCACCAGAAGAAGAAGCAGUUGACGCAUUCAAAAAUGCCGUUUGGGAUCUGCCAGCAAACGAGUGGAAUAAGUGCUUGGAAAAUUGGUUCGAGCGCUUGCAGAUGUGUAUAGAUCUUCUCCUUUAA